UAUCUCUGGAGGAACGAAGGAGUGGUCUGAGGUUGAAGAAAACAGGAGAGCUACUUAUAGCCGUAACAGAUCAAACGAAAACUUAGUUGUAUCCUGCCAUCACAAAAUGCAUCUCCUCACUCUGAUCUUUGGGAUUGUACUCCUUCCUGGAGCUUACACCCUGAGAUGUAAUAAGUGUAUUCCGACCAGCUCAGGAGGCUGCGUAAACACAGAAAAAAUAUGCUCUGCCCAUGGUUAUCAGUGUGCUUCAGUGAGAAUGAUUUCAUAUGCAGGUGGCCUUAAAGUUAGUGAUCUCCAAAUGAAAAGUUGUGUUGUGCAGGAACAAUGUGGCGAGACCUCAAUCAACUUUGGACUUGGCAGACACGUAAUUACCACCGAGUGUUGCGCCAUCGACUUCUGCAACACCAAACCUGCCUCUGAGCCAAGCAGACACACACCUAAUGGGAAAAAGUGCUAUCACUGCAAUGGACCAAAAUGCACUGCAACUCUGAACUGCGAGGGGAAUGAGGAUCACUGCAUCACAAAAACAGUGAUUUCAGGAGAAAAACAGGAGAUCAUAAAGGGCUGUGCCUCCAGUAAGAUGUGUUCAAGUACGGUAAAUGCCGAGAUUAAAGGAGCCAUUGGAGGAACAUUUACUUGCUGUCAGGGUGACUACUGCAACAGUGCAAGCAGCACAAGUGCUGGCCUCCUGCUCCUGGUGGCACCGUUGGUCUCUUUCGUCAUGUUCUCUUAACUGCCGAUGGCAGCAUCACUGCCAAGCUCUUCUUAUCUUCACAUUGCCUCAUAGUGCUCACACCCUUUUCCUUAUCCUAUCAACCAACAAGUGAGAUAUUGGAAAGUUUAGCAAGCAGAGUAUUAAAAAAAUGUAGUAAAGUUAUGAUCCCCCCCUUGUUUCCUGCCUCAUAAAAUUUCUAACCUGCUUACUUUUUUUUUUUUUUUUGCUUGUUUCCUGUAAAGAUUAUACCAACUAUCCUGCAUAGAGUGAUGAGUGAUAGCCAACAACAACUUUCUGUUUUUUCAUAAAACAAGGAGAAUGUAAAACAUGUUGAUGCAUAUUUUUUGUGGUAUUAUUGUUGUAAAGAACUUUCAUUUUGUGUUGAUUCUGGCACCCCUGUUGACAAAAGCAAUAGAUUUUCUGCUGCCUCCUUUCUUCUGCUUUCAAGGGGCAUCUAAUUACCUAACUCAACCUAACCCAACUACCAUUUUUUGGAAUUACAAGAAAUAUUUUGCAAAAUAAAUUCUGCUAUGUAUUCUC